AUGAGCUGCUACUAUGGCAACUACUAUGGUGGGCUGGGCUAUGGCUAUGGUGGCCUAGGCUGUGGCUAUGGUGGCUAUGGUGACUAUGGUUAUGGAUGCUGCCGCCCACUGUGCUACAGAAGAUACUAUUCCUAUGGCUUCUACUGAGGCAUUUCCUCAGCUGCUGAGCCUAUUGGCUGUCAGGUCCUGUCUCACUGGAAUCAUUGUCAACUUUCUUCACAUGAGAAAUGUUUGAAUAUCUUCAUAAAUACCAACUAUAUACCAAACUAAUUGAAAAAAAAAUGAAUGGAAUCAGCAUGCUUUUAUUGAUUCCUCAUUACCUCUUGAAUUAUGUGAUUGUUGGAGAAGUUUUUCCUUUGAUAAUUAUCCUUAUAACACUAUGUAAAAUGUGAUUGAAUCUGAUUCACAAUGGCUGUAUAAAAAGAUACAUAUCUUAAAUAAAUUGUUUUUCACUGCAACAA